GACCCCGCUGCUGCAGCAGCUGCUGCUGAACCCGCCCGGUCUCAUCACCGAGCUGCCGGGGAGAGGACACACACAGCGAGAUGGACCUCCUUUGCGGGCUGCAGCUGCAAAGCGAGAAGUGUCUCCUUCUGUGAUUCUGCGGGCCGCCAUGGAAUGGACAUAAUCAGUUCUUCCACCUUUUUUCACCAACCCCAGUUUUUAAUGCAGUACAGUCAUGGGAACAUGGCGCGGACUACAAGUGGCUUUCGUCUUGGGCUCUUUGUUCAUGGUUCUGCUCAUCAUUGCCUACUGGGAAGAUGUCGGCAGACCCAGCCUCUACCCCUUUCAAGACUUAAAACACAAAUCGCUUCUCCCUGGCUGGGGGACCAAGAGUACCACCGUCUCUCCACCGUCUCUAUCCACCGUUCAGGUGCAGCCAAGAGCCUCUGUCAAUGCCUACAACAACGGCGACCUCAUCCAAGAAGAGACAGCCGAGAAACUGGCAGGUGAAGAGCAAGUGAAGAAGGGAGGAAAUGAGAGAAGGAGAGAAGAGCAGGAACAGGAGGCGAGGAAGCAGAGGAUUGUUGAUGUGUGCUCAGGGAAGGAGGCGUUGGAAUUUCCUGGAAGGGCUCGGGCAUUUGAACAGAUCCCCUUCAGGGAAUUGGAUCAUCUGAUAGUGGAUGAUACACACCAGAUUAUCUACUGCUACGUUCCCAAGGUGGCCUGCACCAACUGGAAGAGAAUCAUGGUGGUCCUGUCUGAGUCUCUGAUCUCACCCGCCACAGGCAGACCGUACAUUGACCCAGAGUCUGUGCCUGCUGAUCUGGUGCACAACUCCUCUCUUCACCUCACUUUUGCUAAGUUUUGGCGUCGUUACGGUUCCCUUUCCCACCACCUGAUGGCGCUCAAGCUUCAGCGCUACACCAAGUUUCUGUUCGUGCGAGACCCCUUUGUGCGCCUUAUCUCUGCGUUCAGGAACAAGUUUGGGAGGCCCAACGAGGACUUUUUCCGACAGUUUGGUUCAGUCAUGCUACGUCGCUAUGGCAAUGUGUCUGGGAGCUUAGCAGAGACAGCUGCCGAGGCGUUCGCAGCAGGACUCAAACCAACGUUUCAUCAGUUCAUCACAUACCUCCUGGAUCCACAAACGGAGAAGGAGAGCAUCUUUAACGAGCACUGGCGGCAGGUGUACCGUUUGUGUCAUCCUUGUCAGGUGAAAUAUGACUUUAUCGGACGACUAGAAACCUUGGAAACAGACUCAGAGCAACUGCUGAAGCUGCUGAAAGUGGAUCACCUGGUGCGGUUCCCUUCAGGGCCUAGAAAUCGUACGGCAUCAAGCUGGGAAAGGGACUGGUUUGCACAGAUCCCCGUUUCAGAGAGGAGAGAGCUUUAUAAACUAUAUGAACCGGACUUUAAGCUUUUCGGCUACCCAGUACCAGACAGCGUGCUCCAUCAGUAGCAGACUGCAUGGAGCUAAACAGCGUGAGCCAUGCCCUGUUUGGACACCCACAUGUUGCCUACCUGUACACAGUCACAUGCUGCCACUUUUGCACCAGUCUGUGAUGCUGUUUGUCUCAGUUUCUGAGCUUACCUCAAAUG